AUGUCUGCCAUGACAAUCCGCUCCCUCACACCCACCGAGGUGGUCUACGACGUGGGCGAAGCCGGCGCGCGCAAGGGGACCACGAGAGUAGACAAGGUCUUUUUCAGCGGCGUGUCGGCCGGCUGCUUGCUGGCAUUUGCCUGCGGAACGGUGCUGAGCACCAACACGGCGCCGGCGUGGCAGGAGAGCGCCCCCGGCCUGAUCCGGACCGUUGGCGCCGUCGUCUUUCCCUACGGCCUGUGCAUGAUUCUGCUCACGGGGGCAGACUUGUGUACGGGGUCCUUUAUGUUCACCACGGUUGCUGUUCUGCAGCGGCGUCUUUCCUGGUCCAGGAUGCUGCUGCACUGGCUGGUGACGUUCCUGGGCAACCUUGCCGGGUCGCUGUUUGUGGUUGCCGUGAUAUUCGGCUACGGGGAGACGUUUUCGGCCGAGCCGUACCGGGCCGAGGUGGUGGCCUUUGCGACCAGGAAGCAGGUCUCGCCCGGGUUUGCCAUGAUUUUCCUGCGCGGCAUCGGCUGCAACUGGCUCGUGUGUUUGGCGUGCUUCCUGGGGAUGCAGGGGCGAGACGUGGCGAGCAAGGUCGUCGGGAUCUGGUGGCCGACGUUUGCCUUUGUGUCGCUGGGGUUUGACCAUGUGGUUGCAAACAUGACGUUUAUCCCCAUGGCCAUGUUCCUCGGGGCCCCGAACAUUACGGUUGGCCUGUACGUCUGGAAGGGAAUCGUACCCACGCUGUUGGGCAAUGUCUUGGGCGGAGGGCUGUUUUGUGGCAUGUACUACUGGUACAUGUACGCGCUGGACACGGCAGACUUGAUACGGCAACGCGGCGAGACGGGCAAGGCAAACGGGUAUAGCGUUGACGUGGAAGCCGGCGUGAAUGCUUGA